UAUUGGAUUGAUGAGGGGUUUAUAGAUGAAAUGGAGACUUGGCAAGCAAUGAAGGAUGAGGGCUAUGAUAUUCUGAGGAAGCUUGAAGAUAAUUGUUUGUUGGAAGAUGGGGAAGAGGAAGAUUGUGUGAGAAUGCAUGAUCUUGUCAGGGACAUGGCAUUGAAUAUCACAAGAACAAAUCCCCAAUUCUUGGUAAAAGCAGGCUUGAGAUUGAAAAAGCUACCAGAGAAAGGAGAAUGGACAGAAAACCUUGAAAAGGCUUCUUUAAUGAGAAACUUCAUUAAAGAAAUUCCUUCAAACAUUCCAUCAUCAAAAUGCACCAUGCUAACAACCUUGGUGCUGUCUCACAAUAAUUUGUUGACAAUUCCAGAAUCUAUCUUUGAGUAUAUGCCUCAGCUCAAAAUUCUUGAUCUUUCCUACAAUCAGGAGUUUAGUAGCCUACCAGAUUCCCUCUCCAAAUUAGUGAAUCUCACUACAUUAUUGUUGCAGGCGACAUCCUUAAUAGAGGUACCAUCUCUAUCCAACCUUCGAGCUUUAAAAAAGUUAGACCUUUGUAGGUCAGGACUCGAAGAAAUCCCUAAAGGCCUAGAAAUGUUGACAAAUCUCAAAUAUCUUGACAUUUCUGGAAAUAGAUUUUUAGAAUUUUCUCCUGAGGUAGAUGAAAUAGCUAAUGGAAUAUUAUCAAAUCUCUCCGAACUUCAGUACUUAGUGGUAAGUUGGGAAAUAGCUUUGAAAGGGGAAGUGAUUGGGGGAUUGGUCAAGUUGGAAGGUUUUGGUGGCCGGUUCCCCACAUGCCAUGAGUUGAGCAUCUUUUUUAAAUGUUUGCAAGAUCGAGGAGAUGGAGAUGAGUUCAAUAUGUACGCUGUUGAUGUUGCAAGUCAUUUCUCUCUUGAAUCUUAUUAUUGUUCUCCUUUGGAAUUAGAAGAAGGAUGUAAUAAAAGUUUGGAAUUCAACGACAUGUAUGUUGAUGGAGAAAAUACUUUGCUGUUGCCUUCCAUACAAGAAUUAGUUAUUCAACGAUGCAACAACUUAAGAAGUUUAAACGAUAUUUCUGCCAUUACAGAUGCAAAAGAAUUGAAGUGCUGUGUGAUUAGGAGUUGCCAAGGCCUGGAGUGUGUUCUUUCCUCAUCCAUAAAUCCACUGGUCCAAAAGCUUAAGGUUCUGGAUCUUUAUAGGUUGGAAAAGUUGGAUGCACUGUUUGAAGCAGAGGCAAUUGCUAAGUCACCACUGCCACCAGACACUUUUUCGUCUCUUAAAGCAAUAAUUAUGGAAGAAAUAAUAGCAUGGGAUGUAGAAGAAGCAGGAAGAGAAAAAGAAGGGGUCAUCCAACUUAUUCUUCCAACAUUGAAAAGUCUGAAAUUGAGAGAAUUGCCCGCAUUGAAGAGCAUAUGUAGCAUAUGUAGCAGGAGGGCAGUAAUGGUCUGUGAUUCUCUUGAAGUGAUUUGGAUUGACGACUGCAAGAGUCUAACGAGGAUCCCUCUGUAUCUUCCCUUGCUUGAUAACGGACAACCAUCUCCUCCUCCUUCCCUCAAACAAAUCAACGUGUGGACGCAAGAAUGGGGGGAAUCGUGGUGGGAAUCGUUGGAGUGGGACCAUCCCAAUGCAAAGGAUAUCCUUCAACACUUCCGUAAAUUCAUGUAUUAAAAGGAUUCGAAAUCAGGUUAAUUCUCUACUUCUUUUUCUUCU